CUCAUCGGCGGUGCAAAGAGUACGACAAAAAUAAAGGAGUUCCAUUGGUGAACAUCAGCGUGGUGGAGGGAAGGCCUGCCGAAUUGCCGUGCGACAUAACUCCUCCUGGCGAAGACGUGCUGCACAUGGUUUUCUGGUUUAAAGACGAAGCCGGAGUACCGCUGUACACAAUCGACGCGCGAGAGAAGCCGGUGGCAAAGGCGCAUCAUUCAUCGGAUUCCGGCGUUUUUGGACCACGCGCUUCUUUCCGAACGUCCUUUCCAAAUCCGGCGGUUCUGGUGAUCGACGAUAUAAAGCGGCACGACGCAGCGACAUACAGAUGUAGAGUGGAUUUCCAAAAUGGCCAAACGCGCAGCUUUCGAUACAAUUUGACCGUAAUCGUUCCGCCAGAGCAGCCAACCAUUCUGGAUCGAUGGGGUCGCAUCUUGAACGGCACAGCUGGCCCUUAUGAGGAAGGCGAUACACCCUAUCUCACGUGUCGCGUCACGGGUGGUAAGCCGCAACCGAUGGUUAGAUGGCUCAUAAACGGCCGGGUGAAAGACGAGGAAUACGAAAAUAAUGCCGGAGAUGUAAUCGAAAACAGAUUAACGCUGCAGCCCAUCAGCCGUUCUGAUCUCGGCUCAAAUUUCACCUGCGAAGCGCACAACACGGACUUGGUGGAUCCGAAGGAGACAUCGAUUUCUCUGGAUCUCAACUUGAAACCUCUAACUGUGAUCAUAAGAAGACCGGGUAGGAAAGGAAUCGGCAACGAGUCCCUCUUAGCGGGAAAGCGAUAUGACAUGGAGUGCGAGACCACUGGUUCAAGGCCACCCGCGGUGAUAACCUGGUACAAAGGCCGGAGAAGACAGCUGAAGCACACAACGGAGGAAAGAUCCGAGAAUCGAACCGUCAGCACGGUGGAGUUCGAACCGGGUGUGGAGGAUCAUGGGAAAUCUAUCACCUGCCGAGCAGAGAAUCCAAACGUGACCGGACUCUUCGUCGAAAAGUCCUGGAAGAUCGACGUCGUAUAUCCGCCGAUAGUAUCGUUAAACCUCGGAUCGACUUUAAGCCCAGAGGACAUUAAAGAAGGGGAUGACGUGUACUUUGAGUGCCACAUUAGAGCCAACCCUCCAUGGUCCAAGCUCGUCUGGAUACACGACAAUCAGAUCCUGGCGCACAACACGUCGGCGAGAAUCAUCUGGUCGAAUCAGAGCCUCGUCUUGCAAAGUGUGACAAGAAGCAGCGCCGGCCGCUACGUCUGCGCGGCAACGAACGCUCUAAACGAGACGCGCAGCGAACCGCUGCACUUUCGAGUUAAAUUCGCCCCGGUGUGCAAGGAGGACCGAAUUAUAGUGGUCGGCGCUUCGCGGGGCGAGUCGCUCGACAUCGCCUGCAAGGUGGAGGCCGAUCCGCCGGCGCACAAUUUCCGGUGGAAAUUCAACAACAGCGGCGAGACCCUGGAGGUGGCGCCCGGCAGGUUCUCCAUGGAGAAGUCGAACGGCGUAAGCGUGCUGAGAUACACGCCGUCCACCGAGCUGGAUUACGGCACCCUCUCGUGCUGGGCGGACAACCUCGUCGGUACCCAGUCGAGGCCGUGUCUCUUUCAGCUGGUAGCAGCCGGGAAACCGUUUCCGGUGCGCAACUGCACCCUGGCGAACCAGACGUAUACCAGCGUGGAGGUGAAGUGCGUACCGGGAUACGACGGCGGGCUGCCACAGAAAUUCGUCCUGGAGGUUUAUCACGGCGACGUCGACUACCUAGCCAGCAGCCAGCCCCUCUACAACGUCUCCAACCCGGACGAGCCUACCUUUGCCCUGGCCGGGCUGGAGGCCUCGGUCGAAGCCGGGGUCCACGUGGCGGUUUACGCGGUGAACGCCAAGGGUCGCAGUCAACCCGUCAUCCUCAGCGAGGUCACGUAUCGCGACGCCGAGAAGCGAACCGGUCAGGACGCCGGCAUCGGCGGCAUGUUGUCACCGCUGAUAGGGGUGGUGGUCGGCGCACUGGUGACCCUGGUACUCAUCAUCCUAGUUGUGGUGGUCAGGGUGCGUCGGGAAAACCGCGUGGCAAAACCGCGGCACGAGAAACCGGCGGAACUCAGCGAGUUACCGCCCCAACAAUACCCCUUGCAGAAUUCUCAACAGACUGUGGAGACUGAUCCCGACGUGAUCCCGAACAAGUUCGAGGGUAACCUCGUGGAGGUCAGCCCGCCGAGUUAUCCGGGUGGUUAUCCCCCGGGACAUUGGGUCACGCCCGGACCUACGCCAAGCAUAGACGAGCUCUGCCACAAGUUCACGGGGAGGCCGACGGAGUUGAGGUUACCGUCGAGGAGCACGAUACCAAGCCUGCCGGGGAUGCCGGUGACGGGGAUGAUGGUGGGCGCCGGUCAGGGCGUCGUGAUCGGCGGCGCCCAGGGUGUCGUCGUGGGCGGCGGGCAAGGCGUCGUCGUGGCCGGCGAGUGCCUCGAUGGCGAAGCGAUCAAACGAAGACUGAUGGCAAACAGGCUGCCGGAGAGCUGUGUCUAGAAGUCUCUCAUCCUCCGCAGACGAAGCGAUAUCAACGUCGUCACCGUCGUCACCGUCGUCAUUGUCGUCAUUGUCGUCAUCACCCCGAUAGCGUUCAAGUAUAUGGCUGUCGCGUGCGCCACGAUCGAAGGUCGGCACGAGAUCCCGGCGAAAAAACGAGGCUCGAACGUACGGCUCGAGAGGCACUCGUCGUCGUAGACCAAGAACAAUUUCGAGGUCCCGUCGAGGGGUAGCGUUCGCGUUGUCCAUUUUCGUGACAGCCGUCUGUUAGCUUUAAGCGUGUUUGCUAAUGACCCCCUGGCGCGAUCGACUCGUACGGCAAAACGACUCGAAGAAGCGCGACUCGCUGGCGCGGGGGAUAGCGACACUCGAGCGAUCAAUAAAACGUCCGGGGAUACGUUACGUGUCGGGAAUCGGCAUUAUGUGUCUUGAACAAUUGAUUUCGCUCCGAAGUCCGGUGGUGCUCGAUCCGAGGGCGACAGGGGGGCGAGUUCUCACGCGGCGCGCGAGACGGCCCGCGAGAUUAAGAGAGACACCGUCCGUCGCGAUUGUUUUCCGUAACACGAUCGCCGCGCCAGUUUACCCCCGUAGCGUUUACGGGGAGGGUGGCGGGAGAGCGAAGGAGCAGAAGUAUUGCGGAGAAGUUAACCGAAAACUCGUCGAAGUUUCCCCGCCCCCCGCCUCCUCGAGAGGUAUCACAAAGUUCUAACAUUCUGUUUUCGGUCGUCGACUUAACCGUCUUUGACCUUCUUUUUGUUUCCAAACCGGAUGAUCUUCGACGGUGUGUCUUCUCGGAUAUUUCUCCGAGUUUGCUUCUCUUCUUUAUGGCCGCGUAUUAUAAAGAGAGAACGGAAGAUCGAGUUGCAAGAGCCGCUCGGAUUGAAAUGCCGAAUUUAAAAUACGUCUUCGAGAAGCGUCGUCUCGAUUGAAGAACAUCAAAACCCAUUCCUUUUAUUCCAAUCCCGCGCUUUUGAAAUCUGCUCCAACGGAAACAAUCAAUUUUUUUUACAUCUUACAACUUAAAUAGCUCUAUUUGUUUUUCCUUUUCUCUCGGUUUCCAUCCAAUUACAUUUAUUCCACUACAUAUUUCUACUACUGCAUUAGAGAUGACUUUCCUCAGGAUACAUUAAUCUUUUCGUUCAUUAUUAUUCCGUUCGCUUCCUUUUUGUUUCUUGUAUACCUCCCCAACUCGCUGGCAUCUCACGAUGUCCCUAAAUAAAUCCGAAUCCUACCAACGAGACGUUGGCCCGGAAGCAUCAGGCCGUGAAACACGAUGAAAGAUAAAAGGCUCUCGAACGAACCCCUUUUCCGAUGGCUCGAAUGAAGACGAAUGGAGGAACCGCGCGAAAAUAUACCGGGGUUAGGGGAGGGGCCGGUAGAAGAAGCUGAGCGAGAGGGGGAGGGCGGGAAGGAAACGCGCGGAAUGAAAAGAAGAAAGGGAAUGCUCGAUGCCACUUUGGCGUGUAGUUUGAAGGCGUGAAAUGCGGUUUUAAGGCUGAAUGAUCGGCUCCGAUAUCGCGAUAAAGCGAGAGAGAACGAGAGGGUGGGGAAACGAGGCAACGCGGGCGUCGAUAUCCUGUUUAAAUCCUCCGAAUUCGAUAUUUUUGGGCACAAAACUUUCACACAUCGCAAAUAGUACCGAACGGCGGUCGACGAUAUUUACGUUUGCGCGAUGUUACGAACGUGUGAGUAACGAUAUUAAAAUUCAAGAAAAUCCCCCGAAGAAGAUAGAAAAAUGUUCAUAAAUCGUCGAGCGCGUCUACAUAUUGAAUCUUGAGGUCGCAUUGAUCGUGCGGUCUCUCCGCCAUUUAAAGAAUUUUUAUCAUUGCACGGUAAGAAAAAGCAAUUAAAUUAACAGGCAGUUUAUAGAGGAGGCGAACUCACCCCUCCACGAACUUAAGAGGGAUGAAAACCGAACGCGCCGUACCGCGUAACGUACAAAAUGGAAGCGAUUCUUACGAAAGCGAGACCAGGUGCACAUUACAUUCUAUUGGUAAUUGUGAUAGAGCAUUUAUAAAUUUUUCUACCGUUGAUAUGAGUUUUCUGUAUUUCCCAUCGAAUAGCCCCUGCGAAACUCGGAUACUUCCAAACUCUAAGAAGCACUCUCACCGGGGUAUGUGUGUGUGUGUGUGUGUGUGUGUGUGUGUGUGUGUGUGCGCGC